GUUUCUUGUCUUCAACUUUUCAUAUUAAAAAUCUGUAGGGAGUUCUUAAAAGAUUAUAUAGUUCCAAAUAAUAGUAUACAAUAUAAUAUUUUGCAGCAACUACCUUACAUAAACUUAGCGAAGACUGGGAAGAAUGCACUACUGUCUCAUAUAUUUCAUUAUUCUUUCAUUCACAAUACCGAUGAAAUCAAAGGUUUACGUGAAAAUUGGUCGCAAAUCACCAUUCGAACUAGAAGGACGAAGAGUAAUGGAUGGGCAAAUUGCUAAGCUUGGAGAUGUUCCUUAUCAGGUAGCAUUCAAAAAAGGAAGUAUAGGUCGGAAUAAGUUUCAUGGAAAAACAUUUUGUGGAGGGGCACUUAUUGCUCCAUCGAAGGUUUUAACGGCCGCCCAUUGCGUUGCUGUUAGAAAGUCUCGUUUUUUCGGCCUAUAUGCCUACAUCGAAAAUAAAAAUAUAAAUGACAUGUUUGCUGUGAUGGGGGAUUUGUUCAAUGUUGGCACCCGCACCAUGGGCUCUUCGGACACUGAUAGCCAGUGGAGGAGACUGAGACAUGUGACGGCUCACAAAGAUUUCAAUUUUCCAAGUCAUGAUAUAGCUGUUGUGUUUAUAUCUGGAAAAUUUAACUAUAACAAAAAUGUUCAGUCUAUACCGUACGCAAAAAAACAUGAAGACUACCAAGGAAAUUGUCAAAUAUCUGGUUAUGGUCGAACAAAUUAUAAUAAACGGUCCAGUGUUUUACAGACUGGUUUAGUUGAGUUGAUGAAGAUAUCGGAAUGCGAUAAAAUGUUCGAGAGAAACACGAGAAAUUUUAUUUGCAGUAAAAAAAGUCUAUCUGUAGUUGGGAAGGGAGAUUCUGGUGGACCCCUGGUAUGCUAUAAGACGAGGUCCAACCGUGGUCUACUGGUGGGAGUGGUAUCAGGAACUCAGGACCUUCGCGGUACCAGGUUGUUCUCAUUCUAUACCCGAACCUCUUCCUAUGUCAAGUUUAUAGAAAGUAGUAAUAGAGCUAGAUCGGUUAUCCAUGGAGAUUUCGUUGAUUAUUACUUUAUGUUCAUAUUAAAUACUAUAAUAGUAUAUUGUUUAUAAUCGCAUGAUACGUGUACUUGUAAGAUUGAAAAUAAAUGUGACUGUAAUUUACAAUAA